UCUGUACCUAAUCUCUCUGCCCAGAUUCUUCUACAAGCAACUCUUGUACAACGAGCUGUGCACACCAGUCAUCAUGAGUGAGAAACCUGAUGUGGGAAAUGUCGUCAUGGCUGCACUUGCCAUCAACAUGUGCUUCUGUGAGUGCGCACAAGGCAAAGACACUAUCUGCAAAAAAGAUGCAGUGCAGCUGCUCCGUAAAGAGAUAGGAAACAAGGCAAAACCUGAGGAGCUGGAUAAGAUGUUUAACACUCUGGACGCAGAUGGGAGUGGUAGCCUUGAUUUUCAGGAGUUCAUGACACUUGUUGGGUCUGUGGCAAUCAUGUGUCGUGAAAUGAUGAAAGAAUGAAGAAUGGUGUCAACUUUCACAUUAAAGCAUUUGUGAAUACAAAGGUGUUUAUAUUGUGUUUACAGGGACUUCAUAAUGCUCAUAUAAAGUUAUUAAAGUACAUGAAUGAA